UUCCGUAACUUCUUUGCUAGUCCCAGUGUAUGAACAGACAGGGUCCUGGACAACAAAAAGGCAGCGAAAAAUGGAGAAAAACUGCUGGAAUCUGAACAUUUUGUGGUUCCUGCUUUCGCUCAAUGCGGUCGUACAAUGUACGGAGUCUAAAAUGAACUUUCUACCUCCACCAAACAACAUCACAGCCAGAAUGAUCAAUAUGUUCAAGAUGCGCUUGACAUGGGAGCCCAUAGCUGCCAAUUGUACUCCAGUAUAUAAACUGACAAUUUCAUCCAAAAACUCCACCACGAUGUCCACGUAUCGUUCCUCCUGGACACUGCACGUGUCUGACAGCCUGAUUGAUCUCAAUGAUUACUUUUCUACGGAAAUUCAAGCUGAGUGUAAUGGCAUGAUAACUGAACCGGCCAAGAAGAGCCAUAUGCAGCUGGCACCAGGUAAUAAAAGAACAUCAGUGAAAAAGGUUAACUGUGUUUGGCACUAUAAAAUGUAUGUAAACUGCACCUGGCAGCCUGGGGAAGACACUCCACCCAACAUAAAGUAUAAAUUGCUUUAUUGGGAACGAGAUACUAACCCCGGAAAUCUGCCUGCACCAACACAGCUUCAGGAUUUCUUAUACACAGGAACUGAGUGUAAGGACUAUUUUCCUCCUGAUGGACUGUAUAUAGGAUGCAGGUUCAAAUAUGAGUACACCAUUAAUGAUUAUAAGGAGCUAAUGUUUGUGGUAACAGACACAACACACAGUAUAAAACCUUUCUUGUAUUAUACAAGAGCCAAUAAAAUAGGAAAGCUCAAACGUCCAGUUAUAACGUAUGUGUCUGAGGCAAUAAACAACUCUUUGUAUAUAAACUGGACUGUGUCGCUUCUCUGCCCUUUAACAAAAGUUGAGGGGCUCGUGUCCUCUGACAGAUGGAGUAAGAGAUUCGAGGUUGAGGGUGACUGCAGUAAGCAAGUUCAGGUCCCCAACAGUUUUGACCCCAUGAGAGUCAAAAUACGGGUUAGGUUGUCAGAAUACACAAGUGACAGUUCACUUUGGAGUGACUGGAGUGAGGAAUGGACAGUUCCAGGCAAAGGCACCAUUACACCUUUAUUGUCACUCAUUCUAGUCCCAGUUGUUGUCAUUGUCCUUGUCGUCAUACUGCUGGUCUUCAUGAAAAGAUUGAAAAUGUUAGUGUUCCCUCCAAUUCCUCAGCCUGGAAAGAUGUUCCAAAAUGAUCUUCAGAAUUGGCUAAAGCGUGAAAGACCUACAAAUGACUUUCAUAAACCACAGCAGGAGGAUAUAAGUCCGGUGACUUUGCUUGAAGCUUAAAAACAAAUUCAUUUUUCCAUGUGGAGUGAUUUUUUAGUUUUCAUUUGGUGAAAUGGAAAAUAUAAAAGCAACCUACAGACAUUUUAGUUGUUUUGCUCAAAUGGAAACCAUUUAAGCCAAGUGAUGCUGAACGCUGGUCACAUUGAAUCACUCAGAUGACAGGAGGUUAAUAUCACCAAGUGGUGUCUGCUGACGGCACUGCUCAUGUGAUGUCACGGGUACAAAUGUUUCAGUGGCAUACAUAAACCAAAGGUGGGACCAUAGCAAACAUCGAAAUGGAUCUUCUCUUAUGGUGUCGGAUUCUGCCCCACCCCCCCAAGAAAGAAAAUUCUGGCGUCUAUUCCCUCUUGCUUUCCAUGACAAGUAUGGCAAAAAGGCCCCAUCACUUUAUAUUCCGACAAGGCACUUCCCUCUGCGGAAGAGAACCCUACAAUUUUCUGACCCAAAAAGGAAUCAGGGCUGGUUCCCUCUUUCCAAGGGUCCAAGCUUCAUGGUCCGUCUCUAUGGCAUGUGCGCCCGGGCCAUAUUGAAAGGCAGCUUUUGGAGUGUCAGAGUAAAGCUAAGAAAGUAAAGAGACUAAGGUAAUACAACUGAGUAUGCGGUAUACAGAAAUACUCCAAUGUUCUUGCGCAUAUACAGUGGCCAAAAUUUACAAAAACUAUCUUUUCUAGAGAUAGUGCAAACCUAGAUGGACAGUUUUAUAUCGCUCCAUUUACAAGACUGCCCAAGUUUGUAGUUCUGUUCUAAGUUUAGACUAACUUUUCCUUUGUUUACUUUUAAUCAGCUCAUUGCAGCAAAUGUUUAGUGCAUUUGUGGCGCACUGUAACCCAGUGCUAUGCAUGCUCAUAUAAUGAAUAUUCUAAUUUCUUCACUCUCAUGUCCUAGUGACAUGAGAGCAUAUAUGGGUGUGCCACUUGCGUUCUGUUACAGGAGCAGAGCGCUCACGUGCCCACAGGCUCGCACGUCACUAGGUGGUGAGAGUAAAUAGAUUAGAAUAUUCAUCGCUGCAUAUAGAAGAGGCAGGGAAGCUUGGCAAGCCAGCUUCCAGCCUCCAUUGCACACAGAAGCGAUGUAGCAAUGCAGCUGCCAGGAGGCAGGACUUUUAAUCACUGGAGCAAUUUAUGUAAGUGAACCCUCUUUUAAUGCUGUUUACUAUAAGACAGUGUAUUGGGUUUAGUGUGGGGUGGAUAGCCUGUCACUUUACCUUUAAUAAGCUAAGCCCCCUAGUUAGUUGAAGCACAUUCUCUGUUCUUUUUGUGUACUUUAGUGAAAAAUGUUUCUUAAUUUCUGUGCACCAAAAUUCAAGUGCAUUUGAGGACUCAAAUUAUGGUGCAAAAAGUUUAAAGGGUACCUCUCAUCAAAUAAACUUUUGAUAUAGUUUAGAUGAAUGAAUGUUGAAUAACUUUCCAAUAGCAUGUUAAUGAAAAAUAUGCUGCUUUCUAUUGUAUUUUUCCCGAUCAGUCCUGUCAGCAAGCAUUUCUGACUCAUG